AUGAUGAAGGCCAUACCGCUUUGGUUCGUUCUCGUAUGCGGCGUGUUCGCUUUCCGACACUCGGGGAACAACCGGCUGUGCCAAGAAACGGGCAACCGGAAAGGCUGCCUAAACUACAGGAAAAUCAAAAAUGAUAACGGCACGGAGGGAAAAAGAGGUUAUACCUGGUCUCUGGGAAGCACAUUUGACGAAAUCAAGAAAGUGAUUUCUAAGCAGCUGUCAGUGGAGGAAGACAAAAUACAAAUGGAGUCAAAUUUUACCAAGGACCUAGGGGCGGACAGCCUGGACUUAGUUGAGCUCAUCAUGGCACUUGAGGAACAAUUCAACAUAACCAUCUCGGACCAAGAUGCAUUGAAGAUAAGCACUGUGCAGGAUGCGAUUGACUUUAUUGAGAAGAAUAAAAAAUCGGAUGUGUGA